UUUAAACACACAGAGCGAUUCGAGAGGACACGGGGGACGAGCGGGGCGGAGCUACACCGACUAUCGGCUACUGAACCGAGCGACCCUGGUGGUAGUGGUGCUGGAGAAAAAGCAAAGCAAAACAUCGGACUUUUAAAGCCGCCACCUUCACUACAGAGCAGCAUAUGUGUACAAGUCCCGUAUAAAGAAGAACAAUGAGACUGAGGUCUCAGAAAACCGUUACAACGUGCCCGGAGACGCCGAGGAGUAACCGCCGACGGUCCAACAAAGCGACACACAAACGAACGCGCCCAUCGGUGACCGAGAGCCCGCUUCAAACCAAGAAUGAAGAGCCCAUGGAUCAUGACUCCCACCACUCAGAUGAUGAAAUUCCCACAAUGACGAGGCGACUUCUUCCCCGUGGCCGCCUGAGGAAGAGAGCCAUCGCUGUUGAUGACAGAGAAACGGAUUUGGCUUUCAAGACUCCGAUCAGGCCCAUCAUUCGUCGUGAGCACGUACUGUCAGAGAUCGACCAGGUGACUCCUCGUAACACCACAGCCAGAAACAUCUACUCGACGCCCAUCGUGCGUUUCCUCACACCCAGCAAAGAGAAUAUGAAAUGUGCAGGUACUGGAAACAACGUGUUGAUGAGCCCAGAACAAGGUGUGUUUGGUUAUGGCUCCAUUGACCUUCUGGCGGGAGAAGAGGAGGAAGACGUCUUUAAUGCCUUCAGGUUCAUCAAGAAUAUACCGUCGCAGUCUCAGCAUUCCCGACCUCAAAUCAGAGAUAUUCCCCCAAAGACCAGGAGCACUCCAGAGGCCACGCUCGUGGUCGACUUGGAGGAGACCCUGAUGUUCAGCUCUCUGAACGUGAUCGACGAAGCAGAGUACACCUUCUACACAUCUUUCCAGGACCAUCAGUACAAGGUAUACAUGAUCCUACGACCACACGUCAAAGAGUUUCUGCAGUCCAUGGCAAAAAUCUAUGAGCUGUUUGUUUACACGUGUGCAAAGAAGGAAUACGCCGAGAAGAUCCUGAACAUCCUCGACCCGCAGAGAAAACUGUUCCGACAUCGACUGUAUCAGGACGACUGCGCCUGCGUUCUCGGCCACUACAUCAAAGAUCUCAGCGUCCUCGGGAGGGAUCUCGCCAAGACGGUCGUUCUGGACAACGCACCCCACACAUACCCGUACCAUCUGAUGAACACAGUUCCCAUCAAAAGCUGGUCCGGAGAGUCAGAGGACAGAGAACUCCAGAAACUCAUCCCCUCCCUGGAGAAACUGUCUGCAGCGGAGGAUUUUCGGGAGGUGCUGAAGAAGAGGAAGGAUCACUUCCACAGGCUGCUGUCAGAGGACUAACAGGACUCUCCACCCACCCCCUCCCACUUUAACUACUUUAUGUGACUUUCACAGCUCAUGUUUGCUUUCUUUAUGCUUUGGUUAAAAGCAGUAUCCAGUUGAAAUGAACAAACCUGAAGCCUGCUCGUUCUGAGGUGGACCUGCUCACCCUCUUCCGUCCUCCCUGAUGACUUUUAAGGACGGCAGAUCGGCAUUUCAAACAUGCUGCUGGUCGUCUGUCACCAAACACCCCCGUCUCUCUGAGACUCAUUCCACAUUGCAAUAAACUGCUACCCGGUGUAUGUGUAUAUUAACAAGACCAAACGAAAUAUGUUGUUUAUAGUCAAGAUUUUUUAUUUAUUGAUUAUAUCGUUAAUCAACGGCUGUUAUCCUGUAUAUUUUAGAUAUGCUUUUUUUAUGCAAUAAAAUGACCUGAAUAACAAA